AUGACUGACCACACGAAUGCUCCCUCGUCAGAGGGCCACCUUAGGCCACGCCUGUCCAAGAUCACAAUGGUAGCCAUGACGUUUGCCAUCCUCAACCUUGGUGAGCUCGCCGCCAUCUGGCCCACUGCAGGUGGACAAUACCACUUCCAAUGGGCCUUGACGUCUGAGAAUUGGAGAAAGGUUAUGGUGAAGCUUCGCCGUUGGCUAACUCUCGUUACGACCGAGGGAUUCUUCGCAGCCGCUUGUGUGGUCGCAUCCAACGGAAACUAUUCUGUGGCGGCAUGGAAGACGUACCUAAUCUUCAUGGUCGUCUUGACCUUCGGUUCACUAUCCAUGACCUUUGGAAACCGUAUCUUGGGCGCAUGGAACAACCUUGCUUUGUACUGGUCUAUCCUCAGCGUCUUCGUUGCCAGCGUCGUCCUCCUCUCGACCUCGAAUAAAACAGAUCCCGAAUUUGUUUUCGCCACCUUUCAAAACGAAACAGGGUGGAAUGAUGGGAUCGCAUGGAUUCUGGGGCUCCUUCAGUCGGCUCUGUCGCUUAUUGGAUAUGAUGCUGUCUUGCACAUGACCGAGGAGAUGCCCACGCCGUCUCGAGACGCGCCUUUAGCCAUGGUAUACGCUGUCGGCGUCGGAGGCACCACGGGAACAAUCUUCAUACUGGUCAUGCUCUUCUGCCUGACAGAUCUCCCAAGCAUCGUUGCCACAAACACCGGACUGCCCAUCGUUGAACUCAUUUUCCAAUCAACAGGAAGUCGGGCAGGAACCACAUUCUUAACUCUGAUGCUAGGAAUAUGUUUCAUCCACGGCACAAACGGUUCCAUUACAAGUGCAAGUAGACUUUUGUUUGCCUUGGCUCGCGACAAAGAUGUUCCGUACCACGCCUACUUUAGCCACAUCCAUCCAAAGUGGGAAGUGCCUGUUCGGACCAUUGUUCUGACGUGGGUGUUCAAUGCGAUUUUCGGACUAUUGUACCUUGGUCCGACUGUCGCGUUCAACGCCUUCAUCUCGUCCUGCACAAUUCUUCUCAACAUGUCAUAUGCCAUUCCGGUGUUCACCCUCAUCGUGAGAGGAAGGGGUGUUUUGGAGAAGUUCCAGAAUUCCCAGGGAAACGAUACGCCGUGGAAGUUUGGCAAAGUGAGAGGCCUAAUCAUCAACUACAUUGCUGUCCUCUACGUUUUUAUUACCUCGGUGUUCUUUUGUUUCCCGCCAGUACUGCCAGUUACUGCUAGCUUGAUGAAUUACGUUUCAGCUGUCAUUGGCAUAUUCGCUAUCUUUUUAAUAGGCUAUUGGGUGCUGUACGGAAAGAAGACAUUCCAGGGCCCGGAACUCGAUGUUAUUCUGGGCGAAAGAUUUGACCUAUCGGAAGCGACGGAUGAACUCGCGAUGGAAGAAAAGAAUAUUGCGACCCGGAAACAAGACGUUGAUAGCAAGGGGAAGUAG